CUAAUAUGAAAAUUAGACAAGGAAUAUUUAAAACAUAAAUCAUGUGGUACGCUUUCUUACAAGACUAGACUUCAUGGAAAUUUUACAGAACUUUUACUUUAUUUUCGUGUUAUUAUCAUACUUGGUAUGCUUGACCAGGGCUCUUCCAAACAUAGUGACGUUGAAAGUUCGAGGAGUGGAUUGCGCAGACACAUGUUUUUAUAAUAAAGAUAAAAAUGAAUGUUAUUCAUCCAUAAAAGUAAACGAGCAAGAAAAAUCACUUCAAGAAGAUGGCUUGAAUGUUGCAGUUAUAGACACAAGUUCCGGAAAUGUUAAACAAAAACAUUUCAGUUCUUUGUUUGAUCUAUUCAGCUACAGACGCAAGAAAAAGUUUUUAAACUUUUUUAAAAAUAUAAACGAGAGUUCUAUUGUGGUCAUCGCAUCACAGGAUAUGUGCGCUCUCUAUUAUUCUGGCUGGUAUAAACUGCUAACAAAGAACACUAAUAUUUUCAAGAAAAAUGCUUGGAGGAAAGGGGCACAAGUAGGCUUGUCUAUUGGUUGCCAAGGUGAUUGUCCUGUGUUAUUGAAUGGAUCUUUACCGUAUAGUUAUUUCGGUUUUGAAGCAAGUCAUGAAAUAACGCUGGUUUUUCGGUUAAAAAGUGUACCAACAACAACAACACAACCCACGAGAAGGAAAGUAACAACAUCAACAAAGCCUCUGACAACAAGUACAUCCACACAAGCAAAAACUAAGAACGAUACUUCACUUAUAAUUGCGAUUGUCAUAACCGUUGCUAUUCUUGCGAUAGUCGCUUUCCUAAUGAUCAUAUGGCUGCGCGUUAAGAAAGGAAAGGACGUAUGUAAAAUUUGUAUGGUGUGUUUAACUUCUCGCACAGAUAACAAAAACAGCAACAACAAUACGGAAGAUGAAAGCGGAUCUGUUAAACUAUUUAAUAACGAAUCAUAUGGUAUCCAGGCUAAUGUAUUGCCCCUAACACCAGUAACACAGCCUUGUAACGGGAAGAAAAAUUGCAGAUUACAAGCUGAAUACCAAAAUACAAAAAAUGAGUACCAGGCCGUAACUGAAAAGAACGUAGAGUAUAGUAGAGCAGGUGCGGCCACGGAGAUAAACGAAUAUGCCUAUAUUGAUCCAAAAAAUGACAAAAACUUGAGUGCUGAUAAUAACUACUACAUGCCAGGCCGCAGUGAAAUAGAUUGUGGGUUGGCAGAUCUUGAAAGCUCCUCGCAAGUCUGUAAACGUACCAAGUAUGACAGUGCUGAAUACCGCGAAGACUGUAGUGAAAAUACUUUAUACGAAAAACCUUUAAUCAAUCAAGAUUUUAAUCCUUUUUCUUUAAAACAGCAAAAUGUGGAAAGAAGGAAACCAAAUUCACAUUUUAGUAACACGCCGUCUGUUUAUCAACCUCUCAGCGUUCAUACGGACAUCGAGAAUAUGUACGAGACAUUAAAUAAUCCACAAUGACAACUUUUUAUACCAAAAAUAUUUAAUUUUAACUUUAAGUUUUAAGUUUUUCUUAAAAUGCCAAUAAAGUAUGGGUUAGCUAUACAAGAUUCAUUUUUAUGUUGUAGCUGCUUUGUACGAUGUGUUUCUUUAUUAGAGGUCCUUCCCUGGGAACAAGAUUGAGGUAGCAAUUGUCUUAUUAGAU